UGACAUGACGAAUAGGGCAUGGUUGUUUAAAAAGGCACUGAGACACUUGAAGAGUCGAAUGUGGAUAGUUGAUAUGGGAUGAACAGCAGGAAAGACAUAAAGCAGAGCUAUAUUAGGUGAAAGGGAAGAUGGGCAGAUGUGGAUACAGAGACUAGGCCAAGGACAAGGAAUGCCUUUUUUUUUUUUUUUUUUUUUUUUUUUUUUGUUUUAUUUUUUUAUGUUUGCUUUGUUUUAUAUCAAGAAGAGAGAAAGAGUUGGCUUUCGUCCUUCGCCGUCCUCUGUAAACCAGCUGAGAUCACGCAUGGACAGGAUCCGGCGGAUUUUUUUUUUAUUAUUAUAUUUUUAUUAUAUCUUUUCGUACCUGUUUAUUAUUUAUUGCAUGAAGACGAAGGAUAUGAUGGGGAAGGGGAGGAGGAAGAGGCAGAAGAAUAAGUGAAUCAUCUGAUAUGACUUGAAGGCGUGCUCUGUAUCGUCC